UACUUCCAUUUCAAUCCAUUUGGACGGCGUCGGAAAGAGAGCGCUAAUGGGGAAAUCCAAAUCCUUCAAGAAUGAGUUUACCUACGAGCAACGAUUUGAGGAGGCGUUCGAAAUCCUGGCCAAGUAUCCUGAUCGAGUCCCCGUAAUUGUUGAGAGAUAUGACAAAUGUGAACUUCCUGAGAUGGAAAAGAAGAAGUAUCUCAUUCCUCGAGACAUGUCUGUGGGCCAAUUCAUCCAUGUUUUGAGCAACAGGCUUCAUCUAGCACCUGGAAAAGCUCUCUUUGUGUUUGUAAAGAAUACUUUGCCUCAAACAGCCAGCUUAAUGAGUUCAGUGUACGAGUCAUACAAGGACGACGAUGGCUUUCUAUACAUGUGUUACAGCACAGAAAAGACCUUCGGCUAGCCUGUGAUUUUUAGAUUUGUGAAUGCUGAAGUUGUAUAUUUCUGCUCCUCCUGGUGUCAAUAUAUUCCAUGAACAAAUUUGUUUUUACCAAGUGGACAUUACAUAAAUAAUGUGUAAAUCAUCCUUCAUAUAUAAAUAACGUGAAGCCAUUUUAUUUUAACAAA